GAGGAGGUGGCUGUGUUUUUCACCGAGGCUGAGUGGGCCCUGCUGGAUCCAGACCAAAGAGAUCUCUACAGGGAAGUCAUGCUGGAGAACUAUGGGAAUGUGGCCUCUCUGGGUAAGGAUCUUUCAAAGGUGCAAACUGCUGCCAUUUACUUCAGAUACAGAACACAGCUUUUAGUACACCAAAGAAUAUACACAGUACUGAAACAGGCUGAAUUCUCAGAGUGUAGAAAGAAGUUCAGUAUGAAUUCUAGUCUACAAAAGCACCAAAGAACCCAUGCAGGGAAGAAGGUUUUUCAAUGCUCAAAGUGUGGAAAGACAUUCAGUGCGAGUUCCAGUCUUCAAAAGCAUCUAAGAACCCACACAGGGGAGAAACCAUUUGAAUGCUCAGAGUGUGGAAAGAGAUUCAGUCAGAGCGGCAGUCUUCAGUAUCAUCAAAGAACCCACACAGGGGAGAAACCGUUUCAAUGCUUAGAGUGUGGAAAGAAAUUUAGUGGCAGUGGCAAUCUUCAACUGCAUCAAGUUACCCACACAGGGGAGAAACCUUUUGAAUGCUCAGAGUGUGGAAAGAGAUUUAGUGCAAAUUCCAGUCUUCAGUAUCAUCAGAGAACUCACACAGGGGAGAAACCUUUCGAAUGCUCAGAGUGUGGAAAGAAAUUCAGUGUGAGUGUCAGUCUUCAAAACCAUCAAAGAACCCACACAGGGGAGAAACCUUUUGAAUGCUCAUCGUGUAGAAAGAGAUUCAGUGGGUGUCGCAGUCUUCAGCAUCAUCAGAGAACCCACAAAGGAGAGAAACCUUUUGAAUGCUCAGAAUGUGGAAAGAGAUUCAGUUGGAGUGCCACUCUUCAGCAGCAUCAGAGAACUCACACUGGGGAGAAACCUUUUGAAUGCUCAGAGUGUGGAAAGAGAUUCAGUGUGAGUUCCAAUCUUCAAAAGCAUAAGAGAACCCACACAGGGGAGAAACCUUUUGAAUGCUCAGAGUGUGGAAAGAGAUUCAGUCAGAGUGACCAUCUUCAAAAGCAUCUAAGAACCCAUGCAGGGGAGAAACCAUUUGAAUGCUCAGAGUGUGGAAAGAGAUUCAGUGCAAAUGAUGGUCUUCAGCAGCAUAAGAGAACCCACACAGGGGAGAAACCAUUUGAAUGCUCAGAGUGUGGAAACAGAUUCAGUACAAAUGGAGGUCUUCAACAGCAUAAGAGAACCCACACAGGGGAGAAACCUUUUGAAUGCUCAGAGUGUGGAAAGAGAUUCAGUUUGAAUUCCAGUCUUCAAAAGCAUCUAAGAACCCACACAGGGGAGAAACCUUUUGAAUGCUCAGAGUGUGGAAAGAGAUUCAGUGGUUAUUCCAGCCUUCACCAGCAUCAGAGAACUCACACAGGGGAGAAACCUUUUGAAUGCUCAGAGUGUGGAAAGAGAUUCAGUGAUUAUUCCAGCCUUCACCAGCAUCAGAGAACCCACACUGGGGAGAAACCUUUUGAAUGCUCAGAGUGUGGAAAGAGAUUCAGUGUGAGUUCCAAUCUUCAAAAACAUCAGAGAACCCACACAGGGGAGAAACCUUUUGAAUGCUCAGAGUGUGGAAAGAGAUUCAGUGCAAAUGGUGAUCUUCAACGGCAUAAGAGAAUCCACACAGGGGAGAAACUGUUUGUAUGCUCAGAGUGUGGAAAGAGAUUCAGUUGGAGUUCUAGUCUUCAGUAUCAUCAGAGAACCCACACAGGGGAGAAACAUUUUGAAUGCUCAGAGUGUGGAAAGAGAUUCAGUUGCAGUGGCACUCUUCAGCAGCAUCAGAGAACACACACCGGGGAAAAACCUUUUGAAUGCUUAGAGUGUGGAAAGAGAUUUAGUAGCAGUGGCAAUCUUCAAAGGCAUCAAAGAACCCACACAGGGAAAAAGACUUUUGAAUGCUCAGAGUGUGGAAUGAGAUUCAGUGUGAGUUCCAGUCUUCAAAAGCAUCAGAGUACCCACACUGGGGAGAAACCUUUUGAAUGCUCAGAGUGUGGAAAGAGAUUCAGCUGGAGUUCCAGUCUUCAAAAGCAUCUAAGAACCCACACAGGGGAGAAACCUUUUGAAUGCUCAGAGUGUGGAAAGAGGUUCAGUGUGAGUUCGAGUCUUCAGCAGCAUCAGCGAACCCACACAGGGGAGAAACCUUUUGAAUGCUUUGAGUGUGGAAAGAGAUUUAGUAACAGUGGCAAUCUUCAAAGGCAUCAAAGAACCCACAGAGGGAAGAAGAUUUUUGAAUGCUCGAGUGUGGAAUGA